UUUCUGAUUUCUAUUCCCUGUUCCUAUUGCCUGUUGCCUGGCAUUGUGCAAGGGGCUUAAGUGUCGUUAAAUUUGCUAUUGUCGUUUCACUUGCCAAUUGUUGUUCUUUGCUCUAUGUUGUUAUUAUACUGUAUUGUUGUUUACUCUGCUCUGUGUUGUUAUUAUACCGUAAAUGACUUGCCGAGACUUUAUGCUGCGUGUGUGCAGCAGAACAUCAUGUAAAAUGCUUCACGAAGUGAAAAAUUGCACUAAUGCAUCUUGCAAUAAAAGCAAUACUUGUAAAAAGGUGCAUCUCACAGACGAUGAAGUAACUGAAAUUAAUAAAAAUAUACGACCUUUUCGGCAAAAUGUUUACUUAGAGAUGACACGUUUAGCGUACAUGUUAAGAGAAACUUUUCCAAAAGAAUGCAGAUCACAAGUCUGUACGCUCAAUAUGUUGGGAGAAUGCCUAUGGCCAUGUUUGGCUUGUGGGACAUGUAGGAGGAAUACAACUAUAACAGCAUGUAACAAUUGCUACAUCUCAUUGACAAAAGACAACAUGAAGGCCCUGAGGUGUUGCCAUAUAUACUGUGAUUAUUGCUUUGACCGGCUUCCAUUUACAGUAAAAGGUCCACUUCCCUUGUGGUGCUGUGAAGUAUGCUCUAAGUGGGCGAUAAUUUUUAUACUGUAUUAAGCAGAUUAAGCAAUGGAGGAUAUAGAGGAAAGAAAGGUUGCAGUUACUUAAUAAUUACAAGACUUUAUGAUAUACGAAUAUAU